AUGGCUACUAUGACAUCAACAGAAUUUUCAAUUAGUAAAUCAUCAUCAAUUGAUAUGCAUCAAUAUGAUUCGACAUCUUCAUUAAAUACAGAACAUUUUAUUGAUGAACGAUAUCCAAAAACAUAUCUUGAUAGAAUACCAUCAAUAAUGCUUGAAUAUCCACCAUCAAAACUUAACAAUCAACCAUCACGUUCUCGUCAUAGUCUUCGUUUUCGAACUCAACCCGUUACAUUAACAGAAAUUCAUGAAACAGAUGAAGAGAAUAAUAUUGAAAAUGAUAAUCAACAAGAAUUAAAAACCAAAGUAUUUACUAAUAGUUACAAUCGAUUGGGACAUUUUGCUUUAAUGGAAAAUAUACGAUAUACAGGAAGAAAAAAAAUGCCAUUAAAAAAUUUUCUUAAACAACAACGACUUAAAACAACACAGGAAGAACUUUGUGAAACAGAUGGUUGUUGA